CUACCCUCUACAAUUAUAGCAAUGCUUUCUGUCAAGAUAUAGAUUUCUUAAAUACUCAGAUAUAUCUUUAGGCAUAGUAUUUUGUUCUCCAUGCUACUUAUUGCAAGGAUAAAGCAGCUAUCCUAAAAACUUAGACUGGCCGAGUCGACAUCUUCGACGGGCUUUUUGAUGGGUGUUGAUGUUCGUGUGCAGCAGCAGGCUAGUAGUAGCUAGCGAUGUGGAGGCAACGGGAGUAGGUGGAUCUUCAAGAGGAGGCAGCGGUCGAAAUGGCGCUCGCUUAUGCAUUAUAUUCAUGUAAAAAGGAUUAGCGCAGAUUAGCGGAAGUGUAGAGGCGGCGUGGCUCCGUGCGGACAGGCGAGGAGGUCGCGCCCGCUUUGUGCUCCUUUAUCUCGAGGGGGGGUCUAGCCGUUGCGCGGCGCUUUGGUACCGCCCUUCCUGACAGGAGGGACCUUCGGCAGCGACACAGGAAUCUGAUUAUAGCGGCCGGAGGAGCGACGCCACAGCCCCGCAGCAGCCAUUCGUGGAAAAUAGGCCGUCCUUCUGCGGGCUUCAGCCAGCCUCUGAAUCCGUAUCGUCCGGCCUUCUUCCUUGAACAACUCCUCUCCGCUCGGUUUUAUUAAUGCGGGAUGAGUGAUCAAAAGAAGGAAGCGAUGGCCACGGAGGGAGGGAAGGCAUCUGCUGGUGAUUAUGGUAAUAAAGGCAAAACUUCUGGAUCACAGGACGCCCAGCCGUCCCCCUUGGCUCUGCUCGCCGCCACAUGCAGCAAAAUAGGCGGCGCUCCGGGCGACGGCCAGGCGGGAGGGGGGCAGCCGCAGCAGAUUAUCAUCGACCCCGGCCAGGGACUUGUGCAGCUGCAGCCCCAGCCCCAGCCGCUGGAGCUCGUCACCGCACAGCUCGCCGGGAGCGGCUGGCAGAUCGUGGCCGCGUCACCCGCCAUUACGAAGGAGCCCGUAACCCCGGCUGGCGCGCAGGUGUCGGGUGGCACCGCGGAUAACAAUGAGGGCACCCCGGGCAGAAAGGGCAAAGCGAUCGGCCCUAGUCAUGCAGCGGCGGCGGGACAGCAGCAGCAGCAGCAAUUACAGGUCAUUCAGGUACAGAGCAUGCCGAACCCUUCGGCUUCGGGCAGCAUCCAGUAUGAGGUGAUUCCGCAGAUUCAGGCCGUAGACGGCCAGCUGACACUGCAGUCGGAGCCGAUUCAUCUCGCCGGAAGUAACCAGGCGCUCUUCGCCUCUGCUCAAAGGGCCGCUUCUUCGGCCGGCCUCGUCUCUCAGAAUGUUCCGAACCGGGUGAUCCCUUUCCAACUGCGUCCCGACGUGUCUCUCCCUGUUCAGCUGCAGACGCUCCCGGGCGCCCAGGCUCAGGUGGUGACCACGCUGCCAAUUAACAUAGGCGGAGUCACUCUGGCUCUGCCUGUGAUCAACAGCGUGCCUACUGGCGGUGGGCCGGUCCAGCUGGUGCAGCCCACCGACGGGGGGAUGUCCAACGGGAGUCAGCUUGUGGCCACGCCCCUCUCCACAUCCGUCUCCGCGACAACGGAGUCCGCCGGCAACUCCACCUGUAGCGCUGCUGCCGCCAGGAGCGACUGCUCAGCGGAGGGCGGACUGUUAAAUACGACGCCGUCGGCCGCCGAGAGCGCGGUGGAGCAGGAGGCGCAGGACCAGCAGGCGUCUGAUUGUGAAGCGCAGAGCUCGAGCCAGGUGCAGACGAACGGGAUCGCGCCAGCGCAGGACCACGCCGGCCAGCUCCAGCAAGUGCAGAUCGUCGGGCAGCCCGUCCUGCAGCAGAUCCAAAUCCACCAGCCUCAGCAACAUCUCAUCCAGGGACUCCCGCAGCAGGCCAUCCAGCUGCAGCCGGGCCAGACCAUCCAGGCGCAGCCCUUGCAGAACGUGCAGCUGCAGGCGGUGCAGAGUCCCGCGCAGGUCUUCAUUCGUGCGCCCACCUUGACCCCCUCGGGCCAGAUCAGCUGGCAGACGGUGCAGCUGCAGAACCUCCAGGGCCUGCAGAGCGUGCAGGUGCAGAACGCCGGGGUGCCGCAGCAGUUAACGCUGACACCGGUGACGGCGGGCGCGAGCGGCGGCGCGUUCGCACAGAUCGCGCCGCUCGCAAUCGGCAGCGCUCCCAUCACCCUGAACGCCGCGCAGCUCACCUCAGUGCCCAAUAUUCAGACCCUGAACAUCGCGAACCUGGGGGCCGCGGGGGUGCAGCUUCAGGGAGUUCCGGUCACGAUCACAGGACAGCAGCAGAGCCAGGAUGGCGUGAAGGUGCAACCUACACCUGUGACGGUGGCCAUGGGGAACAUGAGCGCUGUUAGUCCAGACCAGAUCGCCCAAGUCCAGAUACAACAGAACCAGACCACCUCAGACCAGGAAGUGCAGCCCAGCAAGAGGCUCCGUCGGGUGGCCUGCUCUUGCCCAAACUGCCGGGAUGGAGAGGGGAGAAACAGCAGUGAGCCAGGGAAGAAGAAGCAGCACAUCUGCCACAUGGAAGGCUGUGGGAAGGUGUAUGGGAAGACAUCACACCUGCGGGCACACCUGCGCUGGCACACGGGUGAGCGGCCCUUUGUUUGCAACUGGAUCUUCUGCGGAAAGAGGUUCACCAGGAGUGACGAGCUGCAGCGACAUCGUCGGACGCACACUGGAGAGAAGAGAUUUGAGUGUCCGGAAUGUUCCAAGAGGUUCAUGAGAAGUGACCACCUGUCUAAGCACAUCAAGACCCACCAGAACAAGAAAGGGGGUGCAGCAUUGGCCAUUGUCACUACAGAGGACAUGGAGGAGACUGUCAAUGAGGUGCUGGGCUCUCCGGCAAUGGUGGCCUCCGUAUCGCUCUCCCAGGACUCAGACCCGGCUACGCCCAACACUGCCAAUAACAUAGAUGAGUUCUAGCCAAUCCGCGUCCUGACCCAGGGCACCGUUCACCAUUUUGCACGUAGUAAUUGCAUAUCUUUCAACACAUGAAGUGGACUAGAGAUAAGAGAGAAAUGCAUUUCAGACAAUUUUAUGAGUUUAAAAUGAUAUUGAUAAGUGAUGUCUGUAUUAAUGAGUAAGAUAAGCACAAAGAGAAUGGUUAAGUGUGAAGAGCUAUACCAAUAUGAAUAGUCAGUUUUGUAGGAAAACAAAAUCUACUUCUAUGCACCGAAUGUAUUUCUGCUUUUGACUGAAAUAUUUGUUGAGUAUAUGAGGUGUGUUUUUUUUUUUUUUUUUUUUUUUUUCCUUUUAGUUUUUUUAAAGGAGUCACAUGUGGUUCCAGUCAUUAAUCAGGUUAAAUGGUUCAGGUGCAGAAAGGUUAAAGAGUUUAAGGUACAAGAAGGCAGUUAACAUGUUACAGGUUGAAGGUCAGAAGCACCAGAUAGAAUUAUCUUUACAGCUGUCAAGUGGGUUAUGUAUUAAAACAGAGGUAACUUAAAUAUAUGGGCCUCUGAAUGUUUUAUUGAAGAAGAAAAUUUUAUUGAAAGCUCUUACAUUUGUCUUUAUGACAAACUGAUCAUUAUAGAUUACUUAUUAUGAGAAUAUAAAAAAUGUAAUUUAAACUCUUCAAUCAAGAGUUAACUAGUUCCUUUUGUAUAACAAUAAUGUUUAAAAUGAAGUAAAAGCACACAUUAAAUCAACAAAAAGUACUUGGAAUAAAAAAAUUUUGGAAAUAUGGACAUUUUAAUAUUUUGAUGGCAUACUUGAGACAGAUUUAGCAAGAGAUACUAUAAAGACAAUCUUGAAAUCAUGUUUACAUUAGUGGAAAGCAUUGUGUUGUUAUGUGAAAAGCAGGCAUUGCUCUGUUGAGCUGAGUAAGAUGUGUGCGUUGAGAUAUACGUGUUACUAGGCACAUCCACAUAUGCGUGUAUAUGUAUGUGUCAAUUUUUUCAGUUUUUUUGAGCUAUUCAAUUACAUGGUAUGUACUACUAUGCCUUAAUAUAUAUAUGUACGCACACACUGUAAGUGUGUGUGUGUGUGUGUGUGUGUGUGUGUAUAGAUGUUUAUAUAUAUAUACACACAUGUAAAUAUAAUACGCAUACUGCAGAUUCAGUCAUGCCCUCGAGCUUGUGGGAGGUAGUCUCCAGUGAAUAGCUUUAUUCCUGGAGGGCACUGCCUGAAUCCACUGCUGUGUACUUCUAAGGGAUGUAUAAUACCACCCCAUACCGAAGAAGCUGCAGCUGCACCUAAGGGAAUAGGCGUGCAAUAAUGUACUGUAUGUUGAAGUAAAUCUUUUGAAUGCUUUUUUGUUGUUCCUUUCUUCUUGUUGCAAUUUUGAUGCCACUUGUCUUGCUUUGUUGUAGAGCGGACCAUUUACCACUUUGAUAUUAUUAUAAAUUGCUUCUGUGUUUGUCUAGAUAUUCGGUAUCUUCCUCCUACUUUUGUUCAUAUUUGGGAAGCAGUAGAUGACCUUGCAUUGCUAAUUUAUUAUUUAUCUUUAUUUUUAAGAUUUGCCUUUGCAAAUUUAAAACCGUGUAUAGUGAGCUGUUGUCGGGAGAUUGUGCAGCAUGUUUUUAUUUCUGCUUAUUGUAAAGAUUUAUUUUAAUCCUUGUGAUCCUUAUGUAUGUGUAGUCUUAGCAUCUGUUUAUCCAAGCUUUUUCUUACACAUUUAAAAAGUAAAAAGAAAAAAAAUUGAUACCAAAAUA